AUGAACGUGGAAAGUAGUGGUGCCAUCAAAACCAGUUGGAGGGAUCCCGACGCUAAAUCCUGCUGGAUCUGCGGAGACGUGGAACGAGGGCACUCGGAGCCGACGUGCCCUUACAACUACCUAUCUCCCGCCUCAUACGCUCCCUGCAGGACACGGCUGCUCCUCUGGCAACACGAAACCAGUCGCGCAUGUCCGAGGCCUAAAGAUCUCGAUGCGACCAGCUUAAGGCGACUCAAGUUUCUGCGGUGCUUCGUGCGCGUGAAUAACCUGCCGAGGCAUUGUUGCCCGGAGAAGCUUGUCGGCCUGUUCGUCCGGUUCGGGCCGCUGCAGAGCUGGCAUGUCGCCUUUGCUGAUCAUGGCUCCGGUGCCUGCAGCGGCUUCGGCUACAUGGUCUUCCGGCACCGUGCGCAUGCGGAGGAAGCCAUUGACGUGCUCAAUUGCUGCGUCUUUAGUGACCGUAAGCUGCGAGUCGACUGGGCUUAUCCUUGCGCGUAG